AUGACGCCAACACCAUCCAACUUCCACGGGUCCCUCCGGCCUAAGCAGCUCCAAAUCGAUGCCCUCAAGAGGGAAGACGACACAAGAAUGCCGCCAUCGACCGAUCACGGCGGAUCUAGGGAUUUCCCCGGAGCAAACCCAGACAAGAAGCCACAACGUCACCUCGGCGAUGCCUUCAAGAAGGGAGCGGCGCCCGAAGCCGCCGCCAUCGCCGGCCUCGGCCAGCUGCCGGCCGGCCAGCAACCGAGACAAGGCGUUAGCCUGGGACUUGUCGCGCCAUCCUGCUUCGUGCCCAAGACCGGACCACCUUCUUCCACCAUGCCCACCAACACCUCGCCGCUGCCCGGGGCAGCCGCCCCCGGAACUCCACCAGCACCUACCACUGCACCAUUGCAGCACCACCACGGCCAGGGCCUCCCGCGCCAGCCAGCCGCGACGCCCAGACCACCCACGCCCGGAGCCGGCCCGCAGGGCCCGGAUCCGGCCCGGCGGCGCCCGCCACCCUCGGCGCCGCCGCCCCCACACGGCCACGCGCCACCACCUUCCCCGAGCACCGGCCACCUUCCCCGACGACCGGCCACGCAGCGCCCGCAACGGCCACCGCCCGACCGGCCCAGGCCAAGCCCAGAUCGGGCCCGCCGAGCCGCCGCCGGCAGCCACGCACCAUGCCGCCGGCCUCCGCCCGUCCCGCCGCGAGGUCCACCUCGCCCCGAGGCCGCCGCCCGGCGCACCGCGACGCCUCGCGCAGCACGCGCCCCGCGGUCGACGCCAGCGCCGCGCGUCUCCACCCACGCCUCCACGGCGAGAUCCCGCCCCGACACCUUUGGCGGCGAGGCGCCCGCCGCCACCGCGGCGACGGCCAGCGGCAGCGGCGGCGAAGGGGGCCGAGCUGAGGGGAGCCCCGGCGGCGGCGGCGGCUAG